GUCGUAGUAGGAUAAUCAAAAUGUAAUUUAAAAUCUAAUACAUGUGAAUUUAACGUUUCGCACUGAAGAGUGAUUCUCAAUCGCAGUAAAAUUACAGAGUUUGAUGAAAUGAAGCUUUAGAUUACUCAAAUUGUGACACUGCCAUACCUUGACAUGGUAGUUUCAGAAACCCUUCGCAAGCAUCCACCGCUAGGAUUUCUGGAUCGAGUCGCAUCGACCGACUAUAAAGUCCCCAAUUCUGAUUUGGUGAUUGAGAAAGGUACUCCAGUGUACAUUUCUAUGACAGGGAUGCACUAUGACCCAGAAUAUUUCCCUGAACCGGAGAAAUUCGAUCCCAUGAGAUUCAGUGACGAAGUGAAGAAAACGAGGCCAGCUUACACUUACUUCCCCUUCGGCGAAGGACCGCACAUCUGUAUCGGUACCAUUAUUUAUUAUAGAACCAUAAUGUAUUCUGUUUCAGGACUCCGAUUGGGUCUCAUGCAAUCAAAGCUUGGCUUAAUCCAAAUUCUGAGCAAAUACGAGGUGUCUCCUUGCAAAGAAACGACUAUUCCGUUGGCUUUGAACCCAAAAGCAAUAUUUACCACAUCGUUAGACGAUAUACCCUUGCACGUUCGGAAGAUUAAUUAAUUCAGUAGCUGCUUCAAUCGUCUGUGAUAUCGAUAGUUGUGCAGAAUUCGAAUGCUACAGUUUUCAUAAAAUUGAUACGUGUCCUAGAAAUCGAUAUUUUGAACAGUCUUUUGCUAGAAACAAGAAAAUAAUUUGAUUCAUUUAUGAAUACUUCAUCUUUAUUAAAAGAAACAAUGAUACUAACUUGUUAUUUUAUUCAUGCAAUAACAUGUUAAAAAUACUGUGUACAGGAUAAUAAUUGGACAAAAAUGAAAAAUAUAAAAAUUAAAGAAUCGAAA